CAUAUGGAGCUUUUCACUUAAAUGAAGAGUUCACUUAUUUGAGAUUAUGGGUGGGAGAGAAUCACUAUAAUACUACAUAUUAUUUGAAAACAAUUCACACCCUCUGCUUUUUAAGUGCAGUACCUCUAUGGGAGGGAUUAACUGUCAGUGGAAUAAAUAUCACGCUGGGAGGGACAAGGGUAUUUUCAUAACGCAGCAAAAGGCAGAGUUGCAACUGACAAGAAAUGGCUGAACCCAAUAAUACUACAAAUAUAUACGCUUUGAUCUUUAGUGUGCUUCUGUGGUCAGCACUCAGCAUCGCUAUGAUUGUAAUCGGAUCCAUGUAUGUUGGAGAUUGUCCAAGAGAGCCAAAUAUCCCAAUUUACUUGAUAGUGGCUGGUGCCUCUCAUUUAGUGGCAUUUUGUCUCAAUCCUUUAAAGAAGACAGCAGAGAAAUUGGCUAUUGCCUUAGAGACCAUAUUGGCAUUGUUCACCACCUGCUGGUUUAUUGCUGGUAGCGUUUGGGUUUUCAGAAUCUACCCAGAAAAUCCAAGAGCUUGUAAUGAUGUGGUUUAUAAAUUUGCAUUUGGAAUCUUGAUCUUUGAGUAUAUCUUCUUAGCUCUGGCUGUUUUGUUUAUAUGCCUCUGUUCAUGCUGUGUUGGUCUGAAUGUUGCAAGGGGUAACAGUGAUACCAAACUUUCCAACCCAUAGCUCAUUGAUGCCAGUACACCGAAAUACUAUAUCUAGAAUCUAGAGCCAACGCCUGGAAAGUUUUGCCUGGUUGCUAUGGGGAUUGAAGAAAAAGCCCAACAUCUACAGGCUGGCAUUAAACUAAUAAUCCUGUGUUCUAGAUAUAGCAUUAUUUUUUUUAUAUAUAUUUUUGAUACCUAAUCAGGAAUGAAUCAGAGUUUUACAUAACUAUAUGAAGAUUGUUAUUUUCAGGGAUUAAAUGAUGCAUCUCAAAUGAUAGAGACUGUUGCAAUACUAGAGUGUACAUGAUUGUAUAUUUGGUGUGAUGGUGACCCCCUUAAAGGAACAGUUCAGUGUGAAAAUAAAAACUGUGUAAAUAGAUAG